AAACAGGGUGGGCUUAUAUGCUAUAAAAGUUCACAGUCAGGCUCACACUUCAUCGCUUUUCUACGAGUAGAGCUUCCAGACUUGAACACAUGGACCAGUGGAGCAGCAGUCAAGAGCCGGGUGAGUGUUGUGAGGCGCCGCUGAACACAGGGAUCACAGUGGAGGAGCUGAGGGCUCUGCAGGAGGAGGAGGAUGACGUCUCCUUUGUGACCAACAACCAGAUGACGCGGAUCGUGCUGGUGGGGAAGACCGGGAAUGGGAAGAGCGCAACUGGGAACGCCAUCUUGGGAGGGAGCUACUUCAAAUCAAAGUUCAGUGCUGAAUCUUUGACCAUCAACUGUUCCAAGGCAAAAGCAAUGGUGGAUGGGGAAAUGGUGGCUGUCAUCGACACCCCAGGGCUCUUCGACACCAGGUUCUGCUCAACUCAGACCAGCAAGGACAUCCGGCAGUGCAUCCACUAUGCCUCUCCCGGACCUCACGUCUUCCUGGUGGUUAUCAGGCUGGGAAGGUUCACGGCUGAAGAGCAGCAGACGGUGCAGAAGAUCCAAGAGAUCUUCGGUCCAGCAGCAGACAGGUACAGCAUGGUGCUCUUCACUCAUGGAGACCAGCUGGAAGGAAGCUUCGAGGAGUUCUUCAAUGAGAGCACGGCGCUUCAGGACUUGGUGUCCAGAUGCAACGGCGAGUACCUCGUGUUCAACAACAAGUCCAAGGAUCACACCCAGGUCACUCAGCUGCUCAAGAAGAUCCAUUCAAUAGUGGAGAGGAAUGGUGGACGUCACUACACCAACAGGAUGUUCCAGGAAGCAGAGAAGGCCAUUGAAAAGGAAAAGCAGCGGAUCCUGGCGGAGAAGGCCGAGAAGAUCCGACGUGAGAAAGAGGAGAUCAAGAAAGAGAUCCAAGCCCAGUUCCAAAAGGAUCUGGAGAAAAUGCAGAGGGAGCAGCAGCGCGAGAGGAAGAUGAUGGCUAAAGAGAUGGACAAGGAGAAGGCCAAGGUGCAGGAGAUGAGAGAGGAGCAGGCUAAACAGAGAGAGAUGGAUCUGAAGCAGAUGGAGCAAAUGAAGAAGAUGAUGGAGGAGCAGAUGACCAAAGAAAUGGAAGAGAGGAUCCAGGAUCUUGACAGGAAGCACAAAGAGCAAGCCAGAAUAGAAGCCGAGGAGAGUGAAGACCUUGUCGACCGAUUCUUCAAUGUCAUCAAAAAGGUGGUGAAACCGGUAUUUGGUAUUUUCAAAACAAAAUGAAUGAAACACCUGGUGAUUUUUCAGCUGUCUGACCUACAUUAACCGAGUCA